UUUGCCACACCGUACUAUUGCGAACCAACGACCGAGGGCGGCAUCCAAAGGCCCCUGCUCUGUAAGCGUGUCGCGAUCGAUCGAUCUGUCGACCUAGGACGGUCUUGACGACCGGAUCCUCCCCCUUAUUAUCAUCUUCAUCCCUUUUUUGCCCGAUUCAAAUCGCACCAUGUCCUCGUCACCAACCCGGAUUACAGCCAGGGGUGCCAAGAAGCGCCCCGCUUUCUCUUGUUCCAACUGUUAUUCUCGCAAGGUGAAGUGUGAUCGCGUCAAACCAUGUAGAGCCUGCUGUCUGCGCGGCAUCCCGACAAAGUGCGAGUUUUCUCGCGCUGCGGAAGACCGCGGAUAUAUCCAGCAGGCCGAAUACAUCGACCAUCUGGAAGAGCGCUGUCACGAUCUUCGACGCCAGCUCGCGGCGGCCAAGUCAGCCCGGCCGACCAAGUCGCGUGUCGUGCAGAAGCUCACGGACAGCGACCAGAUUCAUACGGCCGUGGUGGUCGCUGCUAAACACAAGCAGCCCAAGCGACCGCCAGACGCGUCGCAGUCGUUGUCGCAGUCGUUGCCGCAGUCGCCAUCUCCAGAGGAUGUGAUCCUUGAUCAUUUUGCCAGCCGGCUGAUCGACGAGUGCUGUCCGCUCAGCAAACGGGAAACAGGGACCAAGCUAUUUAUCCUCAGCGACGCAUAUCGGAUGAAAUCGACGUCACCGCUAUUGGCUGCAGCAUUUGGAGCCGCAUCGCUUGUAUUCGUCGCCCAGCAGCAUCAAGAUAAGAGGCUUGAGAUUGUCGGGUACGAGCACUAUGGCCGUGCAAUGAAGUUGAUGCGGCAGGAAAUGCGUGACCAGUCCUCCAUCGAGGUGUUCGUAGCGAAUUUUCUUUUUGUCUUGAAAGAGGUCUUCUCUGGCGACCAUGAAGCGCUGGCGAGGCAUAUCUUUGGCGCGAUGCAGCUACUGAAAGUCCGAACAGCACAACAGCACAAGGCCGGGGUCGGACAAGCUAUUUUUAUGGAUAUGAGAAUCUUCUGGGUCUCCGGGGCCAUCGUACUGCGACGUCGUCUCUUUCUCGCCGAACCUGAAUGGCUCACAGUCCCCUGGGACAACCGGCCCAAAGAUAUCCUUCACUGUCUGUUAGACAGAGCGAUUGGAGUGUCGAGUUAUUUGGCAAAUCUCGACAAACAUCUCUCGAGUAAAAAAGACUUUAGCAAUCCAGAUGAUCACGGCGACGAUAAUGACAAUCACAACCAUGAUGGUGAUGAUGAUGAUGAUGAUGAUGAUGAUGAUGAUGAUGAUGAUGGCGGUGACGAUGUCGCAGACCCGGUACACUCAUUAACCUUCAGGACUCAAGCCAUUCGUCUGGACGCCAGUCUGCUGGAGUGGAAAGAGAAGCAUGCCGACUUCUACCCUUACGGCUAUUGCUAUGAAUCUCCGACCGUACUUGACGAUACAUUUCCAUUGUUUCAAUGCCGCGAUCCCAAGACGCAAACCAUAUUUACUCCUCCGCUCCUUCACUAUCCCGAUCUCCUGCUACCGACCGCGCUGUGCACUUAUUGGGCCGUGCGACUGAGUCUGUCCAAAACAGGAUACACAUUGACUGCUGAAGAACGUUAUGUGUUUGCCUGUAAUAUUUGCCGGUCCUUACAGUUCUAUCUUGACAAGACACCGCGCUGUUUCAUAUACCGGAUCUUAUACCCGAUCAUUUUGGCAUCUGAGACUUUCCCGGCAGGAUCAUUGGAGCGGACGUUCAUCGCUGAGGUGUGUCGGUUUCUGGACCGCAGGUAUCACAUUGGAAUAUUUUUCACUCUAAUUUCCAAAAUCACGGGCUCGGCGGAUUUGAGGUCGAUGGUUGGACACGAAUAGCUUUCUAUGUUUCCCUUGAUGAAGUUUGCCAAUGCCGCAAACUGAGAUGAAUCAUAUAUAAACGGUGAAAUUUCUCAAUUCCACCGUUCUAAUUCCAUUGAAAUAAUACCAGACUGGAGCAUCUGCCAAGUCAGUUUACAGAAAGGAGAAGAGAGAGAGAAAACAGAUGAAACAAGAUGUUUUACGCACAUUGCUUACGG